UAAUUGCUCUGUUUUGAAAACAAGGCUAAAAUAUGGAAACAUCCAAAAAGGAUGUUUUUGAAAAAAUAAAAAAAUAAAAAUAAAAAUAACAAACAAACAAACACGAAGGUUAAAAGGGAUUUAAUGAGAUCUUGGCUUCGAUCCUCCUUAACAACAAAAAAUAAAUUUUUUUGCUUGAGCAUAAAAGGUCAUCUCUCUCUCUUUCUCUUUCACCCCUCUCUGUUGUCUCUCUCUCUCUCUCUCUCGCUGCCAAUGAUGAAGAGGAAGGCAUCGCUAAUCGCUGCAAAGGAUCCAAAAGCCACUACUCCAUCUCCAAGGUCAGAUUUUGCUUCAUCUUCAUCUACAUCUCCAUCUCCUAGCCCUAGAUCUAUGUGUGUGUGUAUAUAUAUAUAUAUAUAUAGCCCUAUAUCUAUGUAUAUAUCGUUAUAUUUGAGUGUGUGGUAGAGAGAGCACGAGAAAGAUAGGUAGUU